UCACACCACCACCACCACCCUCCUCUCCUCCUCUCUCUCUCCUCCCCCCAAAACGAGGGCACCACCGCAUCGCUCGACGCCAAAACGGGACCGGAUUCGGCGCCGCGGCGGGGGCGGGGGCGGGGGCGGUGGCGGUAGCUGGGGAGGGGAUGUCGUCGACGCGGCCCAAGUCGGUGCCGGGCGCCGCGGGCGGCGGGGUCGGGGGCGCCGCGGUGCCGCUCGCCGUGCUGCUGCGGCGGGAGGUGGUCAGCGAGAAGACGGCGGCGGAGCGGCCCGAGCUGCAGACGGGGCUGUUCAGCCAGGCCAAGAAGGGGGAGGACUUCACCUUCCUCAAGCCCGACUGCGAGCGCCUCCCCGGCGUCCCGUCCUCCUCCUUCUCCGCGUUCGGCCUGUUUGAUGGGCACAACGGGAAUGGAGCCGCAAUUUAUACCAAGGAGAAUCUCUUGAACAACAUCUUGAGUGCAGUCCCUGCUGAUCUCAACAGGGAGGAUUGGCUUGCUGCGCUUCCAAGAGCGAUGGUUGCAGCAUUUGUCAAAACUGAUAAAGAUUUCCAAACAAAAGCUCGCUCUUCAGGGACAACGGUGACAUUUGUCAUAAUAGAUGGAUUGUUUAUUACCGUUGCAUCUGUUGGUGAUUCACGUUGUGUACUAGAGGCUGAAGGUUCUAUUUAUCAUCUAUCUGCUGAUCAUCGAUUUGAUGCCAGUAAAGAGGAGGUUGAUCGUGUAACAGAGUCUGGGGGCGAUGUUGGUAGACUUAAUAUUGUUGGUGGUGCUGAGAUUGGCCCUCUUAGAUGCUGGCCUGGUGGUUUGUGUCUAUCAAGGUCAAUUGGAGACCAGGAUGUGGGUGAAUUCAUCGUUCCAGUUCCUUAUGUCAAGCAAAUAAAGCUGUCUACGACUGGAGGUCGACUUAUUAUUUCAAGUGAUGGUGUUUGGGAUGUCUUGACUGCAGAAGUUGCAUUUAACUGUUCACGAACACUUCCUCCAGAGGCUGCAGCGGAACAAAUUGUUAAAGAAGCAAUUCAAGCAAAAGGACUUAGGGAUGAUACCACUUGUAUUGUUGUUGACAUACUUACUGACAAAGCAAAUCUUUCCAUGCCACCUUCAAAAAAGCAACCAGGGAUCGGUGUUUUUAAAAACAUGUUCCGCAAGAAAACAUUGUCUGAUUCAUCAUCCCAUACAGAUAAAGAAUACAUGGACCAAGACAUUGUGGAGGAAAUAUUUGAGGACGGAUGUGCAUUUCUUUCCAGACGGCUGGAUUCUGAAUACCCAGUUCGAAAUAUGUUCAAGCUGUUCAUAUGUGCCAUUUGCCAAGUGGAGUUAAAACCAAGUCAAGGGAUAUCCGUGCACGAAGAUUCAUCACAACCCGGAAACUUGCGUCGCUGGGAUGGCCCAUUCCUUUGCCAGGGCUGUCAAGAAAAGAAAGAAGCCAUGGAGGGGAAGCGUCGAUCACGAGAUUCUUCGUCAAGAAACAGUGGGUCAAGUGAAUAGUCAUUAUGGUUAGAUUUAUCAGGAAGCUACUGACCUUAAAUGCCCCGUCCCCACAAGAGCCAUGGAUUUUGCAACACUUGCCAUUGCCUUUGGCACCUCCUCUACCAUAUAAUAGGCUUGCUUGGAGUUCUGAUAUAGAAUGGCAAUUGAAUUACCAGGAGGGAGGUAGCCUCUGUUGAAUAAGCUUUUAUGGAAGUGGGAAGCUUGUUUUUUCUGACUUUCAGCUUCACACCCAGCAGCUUUACUCAAUCUUUUGGCCAUGACGGCAUGUACAGGUUGAAUCAUGAUCAGUGAAGACCGGUAUGACACGUCUACUGUGAUGUCAACAAAUGUGAGUUACUGAUCUUAUAGAGCUCUGAUGAGUAGCACGGCAUUGUGACUGUUAUUUAGGACUAGAUGAGUACAUCCAUAUUUUUUUUCCGGCCGACAUUUAGCCGUGGUCGAAAAAUAUUCAUACCUGUUGAGGUCCAGCCUUUCCUUAACAACAAUGUAAUUAGCAUUGGAACAAAUUCUUUCAAACAGCUGUGAUUAUUCAGCAAGACAUCUCAUUGACCUGUAUACAAUGUACAGAAUCUUGUUAACAAAAUAGAUGUUUCUGCAA